GGUGUGUUCCCAAAAUCAACAAGCAGCGACAACCGAUCGUCACUGACUCUCAUCCCUCCACUCCAUCACUUCCACCUCGCCCAUCAUGUCCGGGGACGCUACUCUUCAACCACCGAUGGACGGCAUCGCUGCCCUCUCAUGGGCGCCGGACAGCAAGCGCCUUGCUGUCGCGAGCUGGGACUCGCAUGCGCAUAUCUACGACGUCCCCAACCCAGUGGCCGUUAGGAGGCUGGAACAUCCCGCCGCCGUCCUCUCUGCCGUCUUUGGGAGCUCGAGAGAUACGUUGUAUACCGGCUGCUUGGACCGGCGCGUGCGCGAGUGGAACCUUUCCACAGGCGAGGCGCGCGUCCUCGGUGCCCACGACAACGCUGUUAGCGCGAUGGCGUGGAUCCCGGAGCAUAACGUGCUCGUCACAGGCUCUUGGGACAAGAGCGUCAAGGUGUGGAACCCAUCGGAGGAGGAGCCGCUCGCGUCGACGUUAUCGCUUCCGGAGCGCGUGUACAACAUUUCGUACACGCCAGCUACGGGCCGCAUGUUGGUGUCCAUGGCCCACCGCCAUGUGUCGGUGUACACCGCGGACGAGCUGGCAGCGGCCGCACGCGAGAAGCGCGAGGCCAAGGCUGACCACACUCGCGAGAGCGCGCUCAAGAUGCUCACGAGAAGUGUCGCGUGCAUGGCCGACGGAAAGGGCUGGGCCUCCGGAUCGAUCGAGGGACGCAUUGCCGUUGAAUACUUUGACCCCGACCCGUCGGCACAAGCAGCGAAGUACGCGUUCCGUGCGCAUCGCGCCAACGUCGACGGUGUCGACCAGGUGUACCCCAUCAAUGCUCUCGCUUACCACCCUGUCCACAACACGUUCGCCUCGGGCGGUUCAGACGGUGUUCUGUCCAUUUGGGACCACAGCGCUAAGAAGCGUAUGCGCCUGUUCCCCAAGUACCCAUCUGCGAUCUCAGCGCUGUCCUUUUCGCCUGACGGGACGCGCCUUGCCAUUGGCGUGAGCUACGAGCACGACAACGCCGUCCCACCCGCGGAGCAGAAGACCGUCAUGCUCUUGUUGAAGGAGACCGUCAUGGACGACUGCAAGCCCAAGGCGAGGUAGUCGGCACUAGAACAGUGAUGCAUGCAGUGUUGAUAUCUAUGACCAGUCUCCAAAGCCGCCCCAGUCGCCUCCGCCGCCGCC